CGGGCCGGGCCGGGCGGGAGCGCGAGUGGGAGGCGGUGCGCGCCCGCUGGCCGUGCCCGCCGGGGGAGCGACAUGCCCGUAGGCGCCCGGCGCCCUGCCGAGCCGGCCCGAGGAAGCGAGGCCGGGGUCGCGCCGGCGCGGCGGGCGGCAUGAGGGCGGCCGCGGGGCGGCGGGGCCGGGAGCGCUGCUGCUAGGGGCGCGGCGCGGCGCGGGGUCCGGGGAGCUGAGCUCGGCCAGGCGGUUGCGGGGAUCGCGGGGCGGCCCCCCGGCUCCGGCGAUCCGCGGACAUGGGCAACGCGGGGAGCAUGGACUCGCAGCCGACGGAUUUCAGGGCGCACAGCGCGCCUCUGAAGCUGCCGAUGCCCGAGCCCGGGGAGCUGGAGGAGCGCUUUGCGGUCGUGCUGAAUGCUAUGAACCUCCCUCCUGACAAAGCCAGGUUGCUGAGGCAGUAUGACAAUGAGAAAAAGUGGGAACUGAUCUGUGAUCAGGAACGAUUCCAAGUAAAGAAUCCUCCCCACACAUACAUCCAAAAGCUCAAAGGCUAUUUGGACCCAGCGGUCACCAGGAAGAAAUUCAGAAGGCGCGUUCAAGAGUCCACACAAGUGCUAAGAGAACUGGAAAUUUCUUUACGAACCAACCAUAUUGGAUGGGUUAGAGAGUUUUUGAAUGAAGAAAACAAAGGCCUGGACGUGCUGGUGGAAUACCUCUCCUUUGCCCAGUACGCAGUAACCUUCGACUUUGAAAGCGUGGAGAGCACGGUAGAGAGCUCCGUGGACAGAUCCAAGCCCUGGAGUCGCUCCAUCGAGGACCUGCACAGAGGAAGCAACCUGCCGUCCCCGUUGGGUAGCAGCAGCUCCCGCUCUGGAAGGCAUUCUGUGCUGCGGUAUAACACUUUGCCAAGCAGAAGGACCCUGAAAAAUUCCAGAUUAGUGAGUAAGAAAGAUGACGUUCAUGUCUGCAUCAUGUGUUUACGUGCCAUCAUGAAUUACCAGUAUGGUUUCAACAUGGUAAUGUCUCACCCACAUGCUGUCAACGAGAUUGCUCUAAGCUUGAACAAUAAAAAUCCAAGAACGAAAGCCCUUGUAUUAGAAUUGUUGGCAGCCGUUUGUCUUGUCAGAGGCGGGCAUGAAAUCAUUUUAUCCGCAUUUGAUAACUUUAAGGAGGUUUGCGGAGAGAAACAGCGCUUUGAGAAAUUGAUGGAACACUUCAGGAAUGAAGACAAUAACAUAGAUUUCAUGGUGGCCUCCAUGCAGUUCAUUAACAUCGUCGUCCAUUCCGUAGAAGACAUGAACUUCAGAGUUCACCUGCAGUAUGAAUUUACCAAGUUAGGCCUGGAUGAAUACUUGGAUAAGCUGAAACACACCGAGAGUGACAAGCUGCAGGUCCAGAUCCAGGCUUACCUGGACAACGUGUUUGACGUGGGGGCUCUGCUGGAAGACGCCGAGACCAAGAAUGCGGCCUUGGAGCGGGUGGAAGAACUGGAAGAGAACAUCUCUCAUUUGUCUGAAAAACUGCAAGACACAGAGAAUGAAGCCAUGUCCAAGAUUGUUGAACUGGAGAAGCAGCUCAUGCAGAGCAACAAGGAGCUGGACGUUGUUCGAGAAAUCUACAAAGAUGCGAAUACUCAGGUUCACACCUUAAGGAAGAUGGUGAAGGAAAAAGAAGAAGCCAUUCAAAGACAGUCCACCUUGGAAAAAAAGAUCCAUGAACUGGAGAAGCAAGGGACCAUUAAAAUCCAGAAGAAAGGGGACGGGGACAUUGCCAUACUGCCUGUUGUGGCUUCUGGAGCUUUGUCCACAGGGUCAGAGGUGGCAGCUGGCAGCUUCAUGGGGCCAGUAACUGGGGCUGCCUCCUCAGGGCCCCUCCCUCCACCUCCCCCACCACUACCUCUGUCACCAGACACACCGGAAGCAGUGCAAAAUGGCCCACUGACACCACCGAUGCCACCCCCUCCUCCCCCUCCGCCCCCACCCCCACCGCCCCCUCCUCCCCCACCUCCUCUCCCUGGCCCUGCAGCCCCUCCUGUACCCCCGCCUCCCCCCUCGGCACCUCCACUGCCCGGGACAGCCUCACCCACGGUGGUCUUCAACUCAGGACUAGCAGCUGUGAAAAUUAAGAAGCCAAUCAAGACGAAGUUCAGAAUGCCAGUUUUUAACUGGGUUGCCCUGAAGCCAAAUCAGAUCAGUGGCACAGUCUUCAAUGAGAUCGAUGACGAGCGGAUUCUGGAGGAUUUAAAUGUGGAUGAAUUUGAAGAAAUAUUUAAAACGAAAGCUCAAGGUCCUGCCAUUGAUCUUUCUUCAAGCAAACAGAAGAUAACACAAAAGGGGCCAAACAAAGUGACUUUACUGGAAGCAAACAGGGCCAAAAAUCUUGCCAUCACUUUAAGGAAAGCUGGAAAGUCGGCUGAUGAAAUCUGUAAAGCUAUUCACGUAUUUGACUUGAAAACACUGCCCGUGGACUUUGUGGAGUGUCUGAUGAGGUUCCUGCCCACCGAGAAUGAGGUGAAAGUGCUUCGACUCUAUGAGCGGGAGAGGAAGCCCCUGGAGAACUUGUCCGACGAAGACCGCUUCAUGAUGCAGUUCAGCAAGAUCGAGCGGCUCAUGCAGAAGAUGACCAUCAUGGCCUUUGUGGGGAACUUCGCUGAGAGCGUUCAGAUGCUGACUCCCCAACUGCACUCAGUUAUAGCAGCCUCUGUCUCCAUAAAGUCAUCCCAGAAGCUGAAGAAAAUCCUGGAGAUCAUCCUGGCCCUCGGGAACUAUAUGAACAGCAGCAAACGGGGAGCGGUGUAUGGAUUUAAACUUCAGAGUUUAGACCUGCUCUUAGAUACAAAGUCAACAGACCGGAAGCAGACGCUGUUGCAUUACAUCUCCAAUGUCAUCAAAGAGAAGUACCACCAAGUGUCCCUGUUCUACAACGAGCUUCAUUAUGUGGAGAAAGCUGCGUCAGUCUCCCUGGAGAACGUGCUGCUGGACGUGAAGGAGUUGCAGCGGGGCAUGGACCUGACCAAGAGGGAGUACAGCAUGCACGACCACAACACGCUGCUCAAGGAGUUUCUCCUCAGCAGCGAGGGCAAGCUCAGGAAGCUGCAGGACGACGCCAGGAUCGCACAGGACGCCUUCGAUGACGUUGUGAAAUAUUUUGGAGAAAACCCCAAGACGACUCCACCAUCUGUCUUCUUCCCCGUCUUUGUGCGGUUUGUAAAAGCCUAUAAGCAAGCCGAAGAAGAAAACGAGCUGAGGAAAAAGCAGGAGCAAGCUCUCAUGGAAAAACUCCUGGAGCAGGAAGCUCUGAGGGAGCAACAAGACCCAAAGUCUCCUUCCCACAAAUCCAAGAGACAGCAGCAAGAGUUGAUAGCAGAAUUAAGAAGGCGCCAAGUGAAAGACAACAGACAUGUCUAUGAAGGAAAAGAUGGUGCCAUUGAAGAUAUUAUCACAGCUUUAAAGAAGAAUAAUAUCACUAAAUUUCCAAAUGUUCACUCGAGGAUCUUAGAAAUCAACCUUACAGACGAGCCGAUGCGGUGAGGAGAAGUGUCAGGCGGCGCGUUGAUGAUCAGAACUUGCGUUCUGUUAAUGGUGCCGAAAUGACCGUGUGAACCCAAGCAAGACCAGCUUUUAAGACUAGAGGGUGUGUGUGAAUGGACCUGUCCACGUGAACGUAAUGUGCUGCCCUGUAACUGAAGCCUUGAACAUAGACACAGUCUCCUAAAGGGCUCAGAUUUGGCAAAUGCAUAGGAACUGUAAUCUAUUGGGCUCCCUUUUGAACUCUGUUAACAAGUGCCUACACGUGGAAAUACCUGCUCAGAUUAAUCGAAGCAAUAGGACUUGAUUUGACUAGGUAUCUUUUUACCCCAGUAUGCUAUUUUUUUUUUAACCAAAAUGUAAAUUUCAUAUUAUGCUCAUCACCUGCCAUUGUGAUUGUCCCAUCGUGGCCCAGACUGGUCUCCUGCUAAGUUGUAGAUGCCAUGGACGCACCUGCCUGCUGUGGGCUUCUCUUGUUGAGAUUUUUUUUAUAAGCUAAUUUUGUUUUCCAGCCAUAUCCAUCACCUUUGUAUUGUAAAGGGCUUGCAACAUGGAAGGAAAAGUCAGUCAGCUCUUUAAUCCAGAACCAAGUCCAAACAGGAUGCAGUGGUAGUGGCACAGAUGUCACUCAACUCUUAUUUUCCAUACUACUUCUUUACCUGAGUACACUGACCAGUCUGAAGGCAAGAAUAUGAUCGUAUACAAACUUAUUUUUCAGUACUGUGUUCUUCAGCUAGAGGCAGCUUUAAAAAAAUAAUGCACACAUAUUUAUUAAUUAGCACUCAAGUAAACAUCUCAGUAAUCAGUAUUAGGGUUCCUGAGACCCAGUAUAGGCCAUUCCUAAGACUAGAAGUCGGUGCCUUGCUAGCCAGGGAGAAGUUUGCUAACUCUUAACAAGCAUUCAAGAUGACUUCUGCUAGUAGGGUUAGUAACCUGGCCUUAUUCUCUGACAAUCUCAUGAUUCUUCUCCGUCCUUCUCCAUUCCCUUGGUAAAUUGGUAAAGGUACCAUUUGGUAUUCAGAGCUGAGCAGUUCUUGUAUGUCCCAGCUUGCUUUGUGGGGAAGUGCAGUUAGGUUGCUGAAGUAGUCUUGUUGGGAUUAAGUUUGAACAUGUGAUGGGACUAAGUGGCCGACUAGGCCAUUAUUAAUUUUUCUUUCUUCUCUGUCAGGGCACUUGAUCCAUUCCAAAGUCAAAAACUGGACUGAAGCUAAUUUGUACUUUUCAUAAUAUACAUUCUGCUUUUGGCUUACCUUCUUGGUACACCUAUUAAUUGUAAAAUUUAUUGUAUAGUAUUUAACCAGCCACUGAAUUUCUUAUGUUGUGCUUAUGUGAACUCCUUGGUGAAGGCUCCAUUUUCCUUGGAUAAUGUGUAGUCAUCUUUUUAAAUGUACAGAUAUUUUGCUAUAAGAUUGGUGCAGUUUUUUAUGGUUUUUACUCUUCUCUUUAAUUCCCACCUAAACCUCUGGGUAAUACUGUAAAUAUUGUUUUAAAAAAUGCAUCAGCCUAUGCUAUACAAUCUGAAUGUUAUUUUAACUUAUAGUUUUUUUUUUAAUAUAUAUAUAUAUUUAACUAUAAGAACAGUUUAGGGAUGUUACCACCUUUUACUUCAGUAUACCUAUUUACAGAAAAAAUGCUUUUAAACUGCCACUUGUUAGCACAUUUCCAUGUCUCCUUUAAGAACAUGCCAAGAUUUUGUCUAUUGAUUCAACGUUUUGAUGGAAAAAAAGAAAGACAUUAACUUGUCUGUAAGACACAACACAAAUAGCUGAUCAUUUACUACAAGCAGCUGUUUUCCAAAGCUCAGUGCUAGUAAAGCACAUUGAGAUAAUCUAUUUAUUAAUCUGCAAGGACAAUAAUGUUGGCAUGUUCUUUCGUCUAUUAAUGGGCCUGCUUCUUAGCAACAUUAGAAAUUUUUUAAAAAUCAAUUCAUGAUACUUUCCUGGUCUUUUCAUGGCAUAUGAGCGAAUAAACUAUUUACACUAA